CAAUGGAAUUUCUAAAGCAUGAAAUAGGUGAAUUCACUCCAGAUGCAAAAACAGAAUCAAGUAUUCGACGUUCAGCAGAACUUUAUAUAACUACAAAUCCAGUAUUCAAAGCAGAGCGUGAGGAUAUCACACGACAACGACUAGUGUUUGCCGCAAUUGUAGGUGAUCACUACGAUGUCCUUUUCAAUGGAACGAGUAAUGAACGUGGUCCUUUGUGGGAAGAGAUUCGCUUAUUUAUGAUUGAGAAUGGUGCAGCAACAUUAGUUGAUAAAGAUUGGAAAUAUACGGGCAGUUGUUAUUGGCAGAAUAUUCGAAAGGUGAAUUUUGAAAUUUUAACUUAA